AUGGCGCUGAGCUACUACCCAAACUGGCCGGAGUUCUCCGCCGCCAUUGAUGAUCCCGACCUCCAAUCUCUCUCAUUCAACCCCGACGACUAUUUGGUGGACCCCAACGACUCCUCCUUCUGCAACUCUCUCCUUCUCUCCGACUUCGAUCACACAACAACUCAACCUCCGCCAUUUUUCCCUCUCUCCAAACGCCAGAAGUUUUGUGAUUCUCAGCAAUUUUUUGAUUAUCAACCCCCGGAAUUUUUUAUUCCGGCGCCGGCGCCGACGGAAUUUCCGGCGGCGGAUUUUGGCGUGAGGGUGAAAGAGGAGAGGGGCGGCGGUGGGAGUUUGUCGGCGCAGAGCAUUGCGGCAAGGCAGAGGAGGAGGAGGAUCACGGUGAAGACGCAGGAGCUCGGGAAGCUGGUUCCCGGAGGGACGAAGAUGAACACUGCGGAGAUGCUGCAGUCGGCCUACAAAUACAUCAAAUUCUUGCAGGCGCAGGUUGCCCUCCUCGGGUUAGCUGGCUCUCUCCAUCGGGAGGAAUCUCCGUUGGAAGAUGAAGAGGAGUUUCAGAAUCUUCUAGAAUCUCCACUGAUUCAAGAAAAGCUAUACUCAACUGAACAUUGUCUGGUUCCACAGAAGCUAGUGGAACAACAUCAACUGCUCAAAUCCAAUCCACACUUUCUGGAAAUGGAUAAUUGA